CGAGACUGUGGAUUUGUACUGCAGGAUCUUGUUGAUCUGAAUGGUUUAGCCGUAUUCAGAGUGAGUUUAGAAGUGGUGGAAGAGCAGUUUCAGGAGCUAAUGGCGGAGGAGGGAAAGAAGCGAGUGGGCGAGGAGCGAGUGGCGUAAAGUUCGGAUUCUGGGGGGCUAUGGGCGGGUGAGAAGCUUGACGAGCUCGAGCUGGACUAGGACGAACUCGAACAGCGAGGAGCCUGUGUAAGUCGAAAACAGUACCUACCGCCGUUGCAGGAUUAGAGAUGGUGUGUGGCAUUCCCAGAAGCAGGACGGACUGCGUGCACGACAAGAACAAUCCAGGGAAGAAGAAGAAGAGCAACAACGACGACGACACGCGGGGAGUGGAGCGAUAAAUUCUCGAGAAAGCCUGAUGUCCCUUUUGGGGCGAUUCGAAUACGAGAAACGGGAACAAACACGUAUUCUCUUCUUUCGGAAGCUCACCUAUUGACUGCUGUUCCUGUUGUUUCUGUCCUUGAAGAAGCUUUGGUAUGUGGAUUAUGCGGGGACCUUGACAGCAACGCGCAUGGAAGGAAGGAAGGUAGGAACGAAGGAAGGUGUAUAAACAAGUACAGGCAGGAACUGAGUGCAGGUACACGCAAGAAUAGCUUGAUGACACUCGGUGCGGGAUGAUGGAGGGAACUGAAUUAGAGUGCUGGUUGAGUCUCAGCUGCGGGGAAGCUGGAAAGGAUAAUGUAAUUCGUUCACGUGGGUGGGCGGCCAAAGGGGGAAUCUGGAUCGAGAAAUCUCUGAAGAGCCCGAGAUCAUCAUUGACAGUGGUUGUUGAGUGGGGUGUCUCUCACGAAGGGGUUUGAGCAACAGAGAACAAAGUACCUCGUUCAACUGAAUUUCUCCAAACAUUUCGAAAAUGUCCCAAGUACAACAAUCUUCGGAGACAGAGGCACUGUCUCCCGAAAGAAAUGACAAUGCAAAGGAUCCCGUGAUGUCCACGUCUCCAGAUCACAGACUCCCACUGCAGCUUCGCUCUUCCCCACAUCACAGUCCGCCACUGGAGCUUCGCUCCUCCCCACAUCAUAGUCCGCCAUUGGAGCUUCGCUCCUCUCCACAUCACAGUCCUCCCCUGGAACUGCCGUCCUCUCCUCAUCGAAGUCCGCCACUGCAACUCGGGUCGUCUCCACAUCACAGUGGCCCAUUGCAGGAGCUUCCAUAUCACAGCCCUCCACUUCAGCUGCGUGGCUCUCCGCACCGAAGUCCCUCCCCGCACGAGAGCCCCUCCUCGUACCAAAGUCGCUCUCCAGACUAUAGCCCUACAUUGCAUCAAAGCCUGUCUCCUUCUCCGACGAACAGUCCUCCUCUGCAUCAUCAGCACCAAACUUCUCCUCCCCAUCAAAUCCCCCAUGAAAACCGAGAUGCUAAUUUUUACGCUUCUCCAGGGCCUAGUAACAAUGACGCACGAGAUGCCAAGUUUUAUGUCUCUCCAGGACCUAGUAACCACGAAGCAGGUAUGGGAUCUUACCAAGAUCCCGAACCUCUGACUUCUCCAAUUCCGACCAAAGUGGAUGCCUACAAGCCAAGGGGUAUCAGGAGCAACAGAACGCACACGCUGAAUGUGGCCAACGUAUCUCUCAGAGCUUUCACAGCUGUGUUCACUCUGAUUGCCUUCUCAUUAGUAGCAUCCGACAAGGAGACUUUGGUGGUGAACUUACAGGACUCCGUUGUUCUUCGCUUCCACGAUCUUUUCUAUCUGAGCUACUUGUUGACUGCGAACGUGAUCACCUUCACGUACGUCGUCGUCACCAUGGGGAUCUUCAUGUACCACAUGACAUCUCAAAAGCCAUUCCAAAACUCGCAGCUCAUCGCCGGAAUCUUCGUACUCGACCAGAUGCUCAGCUACUUGCUCAUGUCUGCAAGCUCCAGCGCGGCAACAGGAAUCCGAGCUCAGAGAAGAUUCAUCACGGGCUCCGCUCUCGACAGCUUCGAGUCGCAGGCAUAUGCCGGGGUGGCCAUGAGCUUUGUGGCAUUCUUCCUCUUAGCCACGGUGACGCUAAUCUCCGGCCAUUUUUUCGUCAACAGAAGGCGUUCAUCAUUCUAAGCUCAGAUUUAUUAUUUCUGCUUCUCCAAUAAACACGCAAACUGGCGCAGAGUGGUCUAUCUGCUUGCACAGUGGGUACUAUUAUGCUUCUCCUCGCCCCUCCACGCCAUUCAUAAUCGAUUUUGACAGUUGCCCAGACCUGUAGGCCCCUGCCCUCUGUAUGCCAUUUUCUCGAGCACCAUCCUGUAGAUAUUGGUGACCACUAUCAUCAUAAUCCGAAUCAUAAUCCUCCUCGUCAUCGUCAGAUUCCUCACGUUCCAGGCUGCGAGUUGGGGCCGUCAUCGUCUGUCAUCGUCCCAAACCUGGCUCCUCAUGAACAUGCCCCUUGUACUGUAUCGCCUUUACUACCAGCGACAGAAAUACAUACACACAAUUCUGUCUGAAUGCUCUCCUUGUCGUCGUCCAGCUUUCCCUUGUGGACCUGCCGCCAUUAUGAGACGUCGUGAGUUGAAUCUUGCAAGCAUAUGAGGCUAGGUUGCCAUGGAUCAAAGAAGGAAGAAUAGACAGCACCGAUGGACUUGAAUGGAAACGAUCGUCUGGCACGAUGUUUACAAUCGAUCCUUGAACAACAAGUGAGAAACUGGAUUCUCCGAGGACCUCGUUCUUCUCACUCCAAUCCGAGUCUCUGGAGAAGAGUUUAGGGCGUUUGUAGUAAUGGCAAUGACACUCAUUUUGUUCCUUUGGCCACGGGGUUGUACAUUUCAUUAGGACCCAACAUCUUCACACCAAAAAAGUUUUACCACCCUGGAUCUGCACACGAUGAGAUUCGAAGGCGCUUCUUUGUAUAUUACCAGCCUUCUAUUUUGAAAUGAAGUUUCUUGCAACAAAUUUCUGUCAGUGCAGUAGGUUUCACUGACGCUGAUGCCAAAAGGACCAGUUCUCGAAAAUCUUGACCCAUCGCUUUAGACCUUCGAGAACUUUUGUAAGCGAUUUUCUCAAGGACCCUCACAAGCUGUUGGCCCGUCAGACCACCUUUUGACCACUCGCAUGGCCAGGGUAUAACUAUCUAAGUAGUCGAAAAUGAAUCUAUCAGUGAAUUCCAGCAGUUCACUUUUGCAGAUAUUCCACAUAAUUCGUUCUCAAAAUGAAAAUGUGGAUGACUGGUUUAUUCCGAGGAGAAAUGUUUUGAGUUAUGUGUCUAUCAUUCAUAACUUCCUGACUAGAGAAGAUUGGCCUUUU